AUGGCUCUUCCUCACCAUUUAGAUCAUCACCUUCACGGCUCCAAGAAUUUCAGGGACUUUUGCGGAAUCGACGCCCAGAUUUCUCCUGAAUUAGGGUUUGAUCUCUCCGCUAAUAAUCUUCAUGAUCAGUCUCAGCAUCCUCCGUAUAUUCCUCCUUUUCAUGUUGCUGGUUUUGCACCGGGACCAACGGUUGUGCAAAUUGAUGGUAGUGAUGGUGGUGACCUUGAGUGGAAUAAUUACGGUCUUGAACCAAGAAGGAAGAGAAUAAAGGAACAGGAUUUUUUGGACAACAAUUCUCAGAUAUCUUCGAUUGAUUUUUGGCAAGCUCGGUCUGUAUCAACCGGAUUGGGUCUCUCUCUUGACAAUGCUCGUAUUGCUUCCUCUGAUUGUUCUGCUUUGUUGUCUCUUGUUGGAGACGAUGUUGAGCGGGAGUUACAGAGACAGGACGCGGAAAUCGAUAGGUUUCUCAAGAUUCAGGGUGACCAAUUACGGCAUGCGAUCCUCGACAAGAUCCAGAGGAGUCAACAUAAAACGGUUUCACUCAUGGAGGAAAAAGUUCUCCAGAAACUCCGUGAGAAAGAUGAGGAGCUAGAGAUCAUAAACCGAAAGAACAGGGAGCUCGAGGUACGAAUGGAACAGCUGACAAUGGAAGCUGAGGCAUGGCAACAACGCGCAAAGUACAACGAGAACAUGAUCGCUGCACUCAACUACAAUCUGGAACGAGCUCACGCUCCUCGACCGAGAGAAAGCAUUGAAGGAUGUGGAGACAGCGAAGUGGAUGACACAGCAUCUUGCUUCAAUGGCCGAAACAACAACAACCACCAUAACAGUAAGACGAUGAUGAUGUGCAGGUCUUGUGGAGUGAAUAAAGUGUGUAUGUUGUUGUUGCCAUGUAAGCAUAUGUGUCUGUGUAAGGAGUGUGAAAGCAAGCUUAGCUUCUGUCCUUUGUGUCAAUCUUCCAAGUUUCUAGGAAUGGAAGUAUACAUGUGA